CUGCCCCCCCCCCCUCCACAAGCUGCUGCCCCCACUCCCUCCCCAGAAUAUAUUAUUGUGAAUAUCGACUGCCUGCUGCAGCUGUUUCAGCGGUGUGAGCAGUGCAGGCGUGAGAGUGUGAUACAGACGCAGAGAGACAGGACAUGCCUCUCUGUGACCCAACACUAACAGAGCUGCAACCACCUCAGGACAUGGGCAAGCAACUUGUCUUCUGUCCAGACACACAGAGGAAAUGGGGAGGAGCCACAGAACACCCAGGUGGGUAUUUAAGGAUUAACUCUUGAUAUUGUGAGGUAACGAACUUCAGUUAUUUGUAUUCUGUGGAAUCUCUAGGUAUUUUAUUUAAAAUAAAAGACAGAAUUAUAACUCCAAUAAUGGUGUAUUCCUUGCUUAGGUUGCGGAUGUGCAAGUGGCCCUUCCGUCUGAGGACACAUAUGAGGCCCUGGAGCUGACUGGCUCUCUGGAGAUGGAGGUGACUGUAGACCAGCCACCAAGACCAGGGGGAAGUGGUCCAUCAUUGGUGAGGUGGAAGUAGGAGGGGAACAAAGGAGCAGAGGAGAGCAAGAAAGUAACUGAGGUGGUAUUGGACAGUGAGACAGGCAGUGCACAAAGCCAGGAGGAGAAUGGCCUGUCCUCACAGGAGAAUGAGGGAGGAGAGGAGAGAAAGGGAAAGUUCCUAGGAGGUAAACAACAGGAGAAUGAUGCUGAGCAGCAGGCCUCUAUUGAGGUGACAAUAUACUCUAUGGAGCCUGAGGACUCUGAAAGCCAAACCUCUCUGAUAGACAGAGAAGGAGAGAAGAAGCAGGUGGCUGCAGAUGAGUGUGAGGGGGAGGGUGGUGAGUGUGAGAUGGAGGGUGAAGAGACAGAUGAGGAAGAUGGACAGAGAGAGAGUGACUCUGAAUUUGACCCAGAGGAGAAAGCAACAGGGAGAGGUAGGAGGAGAGGGACGGGAGGAGGAAGGCAAUUGCAGCAGCCUACAGGAGAGAGUGGUUUGGACAAGUCUGCUGAAGACUCUGAUGGAUCAUCUUCAUCAUCACCCCAGAGAGACCAGCAGGAUCAGGAGUCGUUCAGCGGUGCCGCUGGAGAACUGGGCUCUGGUGACCUUGCCAGCAUCCAGCAAAAAUUCAAACACUCCAAACACCAUAUGGUCCUCUGUCCUGAAUGUGGCAUCCUGUACUCCACCAGACUGCAGCACCGUAAAUGUGAACACAAGUUCAUGGUCCGCUGUCCAGACUGUGGGAAGCGCUGUGUGAAUGAACUCGGCCUCAAGAGUCACCAGAGGCAACACCGUCAGGACCUUAAGUUUCCCUGUAAGUUCUGCCUCCAAUCCUUCAGGACGCGGCCGGACAAGCUGACCCAUGAGAAGCCCACAGAUUCAAAAUAUUUAAAAAUCACAGAUGCUACCGCUGCUCAGUGCUCACUGAGGUUUGACAACAUCCUCAUAUGGAAUCGCCAUCUCAGAGCGCAUGAGUCCAAGAAACACAUCUGUCAUACAUAUAAGGAAUUCGACCAACGUCAAUCCCUGGAGAGGCAUGAGCGGAUCCACAGUGACGACAAGCCCUUCAAAUGUCACGUAUGCAAUACUAAUUAAUUACUUUUUGUAACUCCUAUUUGAAGAGGGCUAUUUACUAUAAAUCUGUUUUUGAAAAAACAAAUGCUUUAAAUUGUAAUUGAAAUGUUAAGUAUUGUAUUUACAUGGUCAAUGUUGCUCUUCCCUGGGUACCAGGUUUGCCAGCAUGCCUUUACCCAGCCAGCUGAAGUCCCACCUGCGUGUCCACACUGGGGAGAGGCCCUUCCAAUGCCAGCGCUGUGACAAGAGCUUCAACCACAACGUCAGCCUCAAGAACCACGUCACACGCUACCACAGCCCAGACUCAGGGCUGGACCCUGAUGAAGGACCAGGAGUUAGGGGACAGGGGGAGAGGAGGGAAACAGAUGGAAGGAGGGAGGGGAGGUGGGGCAGAGGAAGCCUCGGCAGCAGGUAGAGCUAACCUUCUGGACUGAGUGGGAGAUGUGGGCUGGAGGAGAGGGAGCAAAGAGAGUGGAGGAGAAACAGAGGAAGAGGAAGUGCCAGUGCAAUGAUGAUCCUGAGAAUGAGGAGGAGAGUCAGCGAGAGGGUGACUCUGACUUUGACCCAGAGGAGUAGAAGAUGAUUGGGAGUAGUAAAGGAAGAGGAAGAGUAGGGAGUCGCUAGCAGAGGCCUACAGGACAGAGUAGUUGAAGGCACUGCUGUUGGAGAGCUGGGUGGACAGAGACCCAAGGUUGUAUUCAUUAGUGCACACUGUAGCAAAACGUUUUGCAACCUUAAAAGAAAAGUUCAAGUAGUGCCUCUUCGUUUUGGACUGUUUGCUUCUGAUUUGUUCCUAGUGAAUAUGACUCAAGACUAAUAGCAGGAAACAUCUCCUGGCACUAGAAUUUGUUAUCCUCAUGUUCUGCCUUUGAACAUUGAGCUGUUCCGGCUUCCCGGAACCGGAUUGAACAUAAUCCUGGACUAAAAUGCAUUUCAAUGGACAUGCUUUCAAUUGCAGGACUAGUCAUAAUCUGUAUCUGGGACACCCGUCCUUGAGGUUUUCUAUAUUUUUUACUAAUAUGGUACAACCGGGCCAUUGUUCAUUAAAUGUGUGACUUUGCCUUUAAUAUGAUGCUGUUUCUGUACUCUAUGGUGUCAUGAUCAUCACUGGAAACAGAAACAUACAUCUCUUUUCCAUAAAAUAUGCCAGAAUUUUCUAACUAGUUUUCAUUGGGAAAGCAGAUAGAGCAUUUAUUUUACUAAAAACAGUCACUUGUUUUGCAUUUCAAAACACAUCAUCCUACUCAUUACUCCAAGUUCUUUACUUAAAGUCACUUUUGUUUUGAGCCGACGUCACCGUUCGCCAGACCAGAGUAAGUAUAGGUGUUGUUGCGUUUUUUCACAGUGGCGAGAACUGCAAGCAUGGAAAAGCCUGGCAUGCUUUCUCCUUCGACAGGUAAUGCGUAGGCCUCAACUUUCAGUCAUUCUAGCUAACUACCAUAUCUUACUAUCAAGUCACCUAGUUUUGUUUUACACCUAGUCCGUUGCGUUGCGCCUACUCAAAGGGUGUAUUGUUCAAGAUUCUCACAUUUAAAAAUUGCUCCAAUGAUUUAUACUAGUAAUCAAAAGGCGAGAAAUUGAUCACUUCAUAACUUGUUUUUGAGCCAUGUUGUUUAUAGACAGAAGCUGCGGUUCCGAAGGUAACCGCCCCUGUCUCGCCCCGCCCCUCUGGAAGCCUCUUCCCCAGAGCUGAAGAUCUGAAUCACGUUCUGCACGUGUUUCUUUACGCAUUUUUGUGGUCACCCUCCCUUCACAUUUCUCAUAGUCAAUCGUGAGUGAUAAUUCUUCAUCUUGCCAACCAUUAAAUGGUGAUCUCAAUCAGUUUCAUGGAAAUGCAUUUAGAUCUUCUUGAGUUAUGUACAGUGUUGUUUUGAAUGAUGUACAGUGAGUGAAUUUUAGAGCAGAGGGUGUUAACAAACUAGCAUAGGCCUACCUGUGUUUUGUUUCAGGACAUAUCUUGGCACAACGCUGUUGAGUUUUGGCGGCAGGAGAGAAAUGCGACCAUUCGCACAAUCAUCCUAAAAUCUCAUAAAUGAGGUGGUGUUUUUUGUCUUACAGUAACGUUAUGCAAUUAUAUUCGGUUCUGUUAUGUACAAUACCAUAAUUAUGUGAUCUUGCAGACAUUGCUUCAGCUUUGAUCUAACUUUAUUAAACAAGCACCAUUCGCCACUCCGUUUAGCUAACGGAAUUGCUGCAGAUCUGAUUUUUCUGGAACCCUCUUCCCUGGAUCCGAUUUUUCUGGAUCCCUCUUCCCAACAGCUAAAGGUCCCGAAGCUUCUGUGUAAUUGCGGCAUUCUCUACUUUAUGUACAGUCUCUGCUCUACUUGUAGAGAACAGGCUACUCUGGUGAAUGGUGCUCAUUUAAUAAAGUUAGAUCAAAGCUGAAUCAAUGUCUGGAGAUCACAAUGAUACUAUUCUACAUAACAGAACCACAUAUAAUAGCAUAAUGUUACUGUAAGACAAACACCAAAUUUCUUAUGAGAUUUUAGAAUGAUUGUGUAAAUAGUCGCAUUUUUCGCUUGUGGCAAAAACUACAGGUGAAGAUGGGGGAGAUGGGGGGAUGGGGGAGAUGGGAUUGCAGAUUAGGAGACUGCAGCUGGCUAUCAAUUAUUGGGUCAAUCUAUAGCAGGUUCUGCCCAACCCUCUUCCUGGAGAUCUACUGUCCUGUAGGUUUUCAGUCCAACCCUAAUUUAGCAUAUCUGAUUCAGCUAGUUAAGGUCUUGUUGAACAGCUAAUAAGUAGAAUCAGGUGUGUUAAAUUAGGGUUGGACUGAAAACCCACAGGACAGUAGAUCUCCAGGAAGAGAUGGGCAGCCCUGAUCUAUAGGGACAUGGGGUGUCUCAUAAUAUGAUUGAGGUGCUACAGGCAUGCUGGGAAAAUGAGCGAGGACAGAACACAAGCUUUGGGUGGGAGAUACCCAGGUGAGGGAGAUGGGACUGUAUGGAAAGGAGUUAAACCCCACUGUAGCUAUUCCUGUAAACCCACCAUGGCUAUUCCCGACUCCAGUAGUUGAUCUUGAAGUGUUUGAGACGACGCAAAGAUAGGGAGGGGGUUGCUCCAUUUGAGCUGUUUUGAUCCAUCUAUACCAAAAGAUCCAAUAACAAGUCGUGUAGGAUCAGCAUUUGUUGUGAAAUAAUGUGAGGUGGCAGUUUGCAGACGUCUGCUAAAUGAUGUAAAUUUACAAAGCAGAGCUGAUGGCAGUACUGUUGGCCUUGCUGUGGGUGGAGGAAAUUAAGCAGGAGAGGGUUGUUGUGUGUUUUGACUCGUGCUGUAUCGGUGAGUUUAAGUAUUUUACACUGAAAAAAAAUGUGAACGCAACAUGAGUGUUGGUCCCAUGUUUCAUGAGCUGAAAUAAAAGAUUCCAGAAAUGUUCCAUAGGCACAAAAAACAUCUCAUAUUUUGUGCACACAUUUCUCCUUUGCCAAGAUAAUCCAUCCACCUAACAGGUGUGCCAUAUCACGAAGCUGAUUAAACAGCAUGAUCGUUACACAGGUGCACCUUGUACUGGGGACAAAAGGCCACUAAAAUGUGCAGUUCUGUCACACAGCACAAUGCCACAGAUGUGUCAAGUUUUGAGGGAGCGUGCAAUUGGCAUGCUGACUGCAGGAAUGUCCACCAGAGCUGUUGCCAGAUAAUCGAAUGUUAAUUUCUCUACCAAUGUCGUUUUAGAGAAUUUGGCAGUAUGUCCAACCGGCCUCACAACCGCAGACCACGUGUAUAGCAUUGUGUGGGCAAGCGGUUUGCUUUUGUCAAUGUUGUGAACAGAGUGCCCUGCGGUGGAGUUAUGGUAUGGGCAGGCAUAAGCUACGGACAACGAACACAAUUCCAUUUUAUCGAUGGCAAUUUGAAUGCACUGAGAUACCGUGAUGAGAUCCUGAGGCCCAUUGUCUUGCCAUUCAUCCGCCGCCAUCACCUCAUGUUUCAGCAUAUUAAUCCACAGCCCCAUGUUGCAAGGAUCUGUACACAAUUCCUGGAAGCUGAAAAUGUCCCAGUUCUUCCAUGGCCUGCAUACUCACCAGACAUGUCACCCAUUGAGCAUGUUCACCCAUUGAUUAUGUUUGGGAUGCUCUGGAUCGAUGUGUACGACAGCGUGUUCCAGUUCUUGCCAAUAUCCAGCAACUUCGCACAGCCAUUGAAGAGGAGUGGGACAACAUUCCACAGGCCACAAUCAACGCCUGAUCAACUCUAUGCGAAGGAGAUGUUUCGUGCUGCAUGAGGCAAAUGGUAGUCGCACAAGAUACUGACUGGUUUUCUGAUCCACACCCCUACCUUUUCUUUAAAGGUAUCUGUGACCAUCAGAUGCAUAUCUGUAUUUCCAGUCAUGUGAAGUCCAUAUAUUAGGGCCUAAUUAAUUGAUUUCAAUUGACUGAUUUCCUUAUAUGAACUGUAACUCAGUAAAAUCUUUGAAAUUGUUGCGUUUAUAUUUUUGUUCAGCAUAGUUCAUGGAGUAGACAAGACAUGCUAUAUGAGGUACUCCAAACUCAAGCCCGGGUGAGACAGAUGGGUGCCGUGUCCAGAUUAGUUUUGCUUGGAUCACAGACCAUAGGGCCCUCAAACUCAACUCUGGACCUCAAUCAGGGACUGAUUUAGACCUGGGAAACCAGGUGGGUGCAAUUAAUUAUCAGGGAGAACAGAACCAGCAGGCUUCAGACCCUCUUCCUGGAGAUCUACCGUCCUGUGGGUUUUCAGUCCAACCCUAAUUUAAACACACCUGAUUCUACUUAUUAGCUGCUCAACAAUACCUUAACUAGCUGAAUCAGAUAUGCUAAAUUAGGGUUGGACUGAAAACCUACAGGACAGUAGAUCUCCAGGAAGAGGGUUGGGCAACCCUGUUGUAGAGUAAGAGUUGAAUACCCCUGCCUUAGGGGGUGGAAGGGAAUAAGGAAGUAGAUGUGCUAGCUUGUUAGAGGGCCUGCCGCUAAUUGGCACUUCCUAUUAUCCUGACAUACACACAAGCACACCCACUGACAUACAAUCAUCAUAUACGCUGCUGCUACUCUGUUUAUCAUAUAUCCUGAUGCCUAGUCAACUUAACCCUAUACACAUCUACCUAUCACUCCAGUAUCCCUGCACAUUGUAAAUAUGGUUCUGGAACUGACCCUGUAUGCUUACUUACUUUCUUGUGUUAUUAUUAUUUCUCAUUUGUUUUUGUUCUACACUCAAAACAUUAGGGGUUCAACAAGGGUUCUUCUAUGAUCCUCAAUGUUCUUUGAAGAACCUUAGGGUUCUUGGCACUCAAAAUUGCCCCCAAAAGUGUAUUCAUUGAGGAACCUCCUUAGUUGGUGGGGGUUCUUGCAGGAACCUAACUGCCCAGAUUAAACAUUUGGAUUUGAAUUUAAAAGGACAGCAGGUGCAGGCGCUUAACUGAAAAAUGCAAAGAUCUCUUCAAUUUAAGGUAAGGUUUGUCCUUUAUAUGAUCUAAAUUGAUAUUAUUUUAUGAUGAUACCAUCUAUCAUUUCAUUUUUGUGCAAAUCUUUGUAAAACAGAAAAUUUACACAAUUCAAUUGAUAUCAAUCAACAAAGAGGUAAGAAUAUCUAUGCUAUAAGAAUAUGUUGAAGGCUAGCUGUAUUGGGUGCAGAUGACUGAACUGCUCACUUUUGUGUCUGCAGGAAUACAGACGAGGAGGCAUACAAAGGUAUGUCAAUUGGUAUUGGUAUGUUAUGCAGAUCACAUUUACCAUCCUCCUCCCUUACCUCUUCAAUUAAAAUCCCAUAGGCCUCUACAUUAUGGACAAGGUAUGUGUAUGAAAACCAUUAUCAAAACAGUUUUUUUUUAAUUCACAUUUACCACAAAAACCAAGGUAUGAAUACUGUCGUGUGCAUGUUUAAUUAAACAUCAGUAUAAUUUAAAAAAUGUGGAUUCACAGACUUCACCCUCCCCACACCUCUGAUGAAUAUAACAGGAAACCUGUUCGAUCACCAAGCACUGCAAAAUCAUUCUGGCUAUGGAUAUGGAGAACAUAAACACAUUAACAUCAACAUGCCAGAGGAUAUACCCAUUGGACUUGGGGCUCUGCUGGGAGUUUACCUCAUAUUUUGAUAUUUUAUUCUACUUUGCCACUAAAAUCAUAAUAAACACUGACAACUAAAGAGAGGGAAUCCCAAACCACCCUCUAGCCCCUACCAACUCGUUCCAAGGGCCCUCCAUUGUCACUUGUUGCUGACGAAACUCAGAGGGUGACUUCCAGAGAGUGGCGAUGGGAUCAAUAAACCCAUCAACUUCGGGACACACUGCCGACUUCAAUGAUGCAAUUCAUGUCCCACUUUUAAAUAAUAGAAUGAGCAUAAAAUUCUAAUGAAAAAAUCCCCCCUGUCGUUUUACAAUAUAUAAAACGCAUUAACAGUUUAACAUUUAAUUUGGGAGAAAAACUUGGGGGCCCAAAUAAAACCACCAGUGGGCCGAAUGGUCUGCCAGUUGGGGAACUCUGCCUUACAUUCUCUAUAAUUUUCACUCCCUCAGUUUUGGGACACUUAUGCAAAUGUUGGAGGCGCGUUUGAACUCGCAAAUGGAGGGGCAAGGGGAAGGGGGUGAUUUCGGAUUCAGACAGUGUGUCCCAAGAGAAACGGGGCUGGCAGGAAGGAUUUAGUUCCUUUCGGUCUCUGGCACACGCUCCAGCACAGUAGGUGGCGGUACUGCACUGAUUGGAUGCCAACCGACCUUAAACCCUACUGAAGAAGAAGAAGGGGGGGAAGACUAGGGUAAAUUAGGUAGGUCAUUUCCGCGGUGGAGACAAUAAUGGUGGAACGCAGAGAUUCGUAAGGAAAGCCCACGUUACACACGUCCCUAAAACAUUUGAUUUAGUUUUAAAUAGUGGCUCUAUUGCGCCCAAUCAUGGCCAAUAAUAACAACAAUAUAAUCUUUACACCCUUUUUACCACCGAAGAAGAAACCCGAUCGAGAUUCUGAGUGGAGAAAAUUAAAGGACAAAUCCAGAAAUCGGAUUAAUAUCGGAGAAGCUUUUACCAGAUGGAGGGACCUCAAGGAGGAGAAAUCUAUGCCUACAGAUGCCGAAGUGGCUUUGUUUUUGCUUGACAGGUAAUUCGAGUUUUUUCUGCAGUCUACCAGUUUAGCCUACCAGGGUUACCAGGUCUACCUAAAAUUUCAAAACCAAUGACAACCCAAAACCCCGCCCACAAGGCCUGAAAACUAGACAAAAAAUGUGGGACACUUUUUGCAUUUCCAUCUUUCGACAUCUAUCCAACAUAUUAUCCCAACACAUGAUACAUUUCUGAAAUCCUCAAGAUGUUUCCUAAAUCACACACACAUUUUCUUUGUUGAUAUGUUAACAGGAUGCAUGACACACCCAUUUUGGCCACACUGAGUCAAAGCCAUAUUUUUUGUUCGCAUUUGGUAGACUGGGACAGCAGGUUAGAUCAACUGGGACACCAUUAUUAUAGUCCUAAUUGUACCCCAAUGACAAUAACAUUGUGUGAUUAGGAAACAUCUGAAGAUUUCUGAAACGUGUCAUGUGUUGGGCUAAUAGCCCAUUGGGGUACAAUUACGACUAUAAUGGUGGCCCAGUUUGCAAAAUGCAAAAAGUGUCCCACCUUUUCUGAAGACAUUUACAUUUUAGUCAUUUAGCAGACGCUUUUAUUCAGAGCGACUUAGUUAGUGAGUGCAUACAUUUUUUUCAUACUGAGUAUGAAUACUCAAUUAACAGUACUAAUAACAGUACUACCAUUUUUUUUACAGGAUAUAGUACUACAAUAACCAGAGCCCUGCCUAAUGAAUACAGGGGGUCCCUAAUGUAAACUGUAUCUCUUUCCCCCAUGGAAAAGCCUACAAGACUGUCCUACUUUAGCUAGCUAUGGUUGGUACAGUGGGACAACAAAAAAGACUGAAUUUCAAAACUGAAACAUAAUAUUGGUAACAUCUUUAUGUAUUUUGAUGCAGUACUACAUAAUAUGCACAUUUACAUCAACAUUUGGCACAGUGCAAUAUUAGACAAUUUUAUAACCUCAACAUCAAAAAAGGAAAAAAAGCUAUGUCACUAUGUGCUUUGCGGGGUGAGCUUCCUGUUUGAAGCUUGCUCUGCCCCCCUCUAUGAUGUCACACCAAUGAAGUGAUGUGAUUUUGAUCGUGUGGUUUCUCUGCAAGGGCUUAACAAUAGUUUUGAUUUUCUCAUGUCAGACCAAGAAAUAAAUGCGUCAGAAUUAAGCUGUGUCAGUUUAUGAUGUCCCACUCUUUCCGAAUUCACACUUUAUGCUAAACGCCAGUCAUGUUUGUUGACAAGUAUAAUGUAGGAUAAUUAACAUUAACAUCUAAAGGUUUGAUUCUGUUGACAUACUCGAGGCACAGUUCGUUCAGAUCAAAUGGUCACAAGAGCUGAGAGAAAGGCCAGUACCUGUUGCGAACAUUUGCGCGUAGACUACUGCUGUGGGCGCAUUGCUGCGCUUAUAAUGUGAAGAAAUGAGUUCAUCAACAUUUUCAGCUAAAUGUUCUGGUCAGUUGCUUUAGCCUCAUUGCUUAAUAUAUAUUUUUAUGUACAGUAGUUGUAUGAAUUUUGGAUCUAUUGUCCCAGAACCGCGUGGAGCUAGGGUCUCAGCACAGAGGGGGCGGGGCGGUCUCAAGGGGCCUUUCUAACCAAAUCAUAAAAAAAAAAAUGAUAGGCCAUAUCAGCUAUCAAAUCAAAUGUUAUUUGUCACAUGUGCGGAAUACAACAGGUGUAGACCUUACCGUGAAAUGCUUACUUACAAGCCCUUAACCAACAAUGCAGUUCAAGAAAGAGGUAAGAAAAUAUUUACUAAAUAAACUAAAGUAAAAUAAAAUUUAAAAUAAAAUAAAAAGUAACACAAUAAAAUAACAAUAACGAGGCUAUAUACAGGGGGUACCGGUACCGAGUCAAUACAGGUUAGUCGAGGUAAUUUGUACAUUUACAUUUACAUUUUAGUCAUUCAGCAGACGCUCUUAUCCAGAGGCAUUUUUAUUUAGACCUUUUUUGAAAGUACAGACCGACCAUAGCAGGAAUAAAUGAAGAUAGUUACUCAGCAAAACUCCAUAUUUGGAGAGGAACGAACGCAUUUUGACAUUAUAACGCUUGCAGAGCUGGUGAAAGGGAGUUUGAAUCAGAGCUUCCUGGGUGUUAGAGAGGUCUCUAACUCACAAAUAAUGGGGCAGAUUUUUAAAACACUUUCUACAGAAGCCAGCCUAAUUUAGGCAUCCAAAUCUCACAUGCACGUUGGAAAAAACGAUUAUCCUGUUCCGAGAGACUACCGAGCACUGCACCACUCAGUUUUCAAUAGACUACGUGGCUGAGGGGACUCUUAUUAUUGAAAUAUUUAAUCAACGCAUGUUCCUAGAAGAUAAAAUUGCAUGAUAAUGUGAAUGACUGUCUCUUCAGGACUAUCUCUUCUAAAUAUGCUAAUGAGUAUGAAUUGGCAAGAGCCAAUAGCACCUGCUCUUUUUUGUAUUUGACCCAGGUUAGCUGCCCCCCCUCCACAAGCUGCUGCCCCCACUCCCUCCCCAGAAGAUAUUAUAGUGAACAUUGACUGCCUGCUGCAGCUGUUUCAGCGGUGUGAGCAGUGCAGGCGUGAGAGUGUGAUCCAGACGCAGGGAGACAGGACGUGCCUCUCUGUGACCCAACACUGCCAGAGCUGCAACCACCUCAGGACAUGGGCAAGCAACGUGUCUUCUGUCCAGACACACAGAGGAAAUGGGGAGGAGCCACAGAACACCCAGGUGGGUAUUUAAGGAUUAACAGUUGAUAUUGUGAAAUAACUAACUUCAGUUAUUUGUAUUCUGUGGUAUCUCUAGUUAUUUUUUUUAUACAGAACUGUCACUCCAAUAAUACUGGUGUUUUCCUUCGCUAAGGUGGCUGACAUGCAGGUGGCCCUGCCGUCUGAGGACACAGAUGGGGCCCUGGAGCUGACUGGCUCUUUGCAGAUGGAGGUGACUGUAGACCAGCCACCAAGACCAGGGGGAAGUGGCACGUCCUUGGUGAGGGAGAAGAAGGAGGGGAACAAAGGAGCAGAAGAGAACAAGAAAGUAACUGAGGUGGUGUUGGACAGUGAGACGGACAGUGCACAAAGCCAGGAGGAGAAUGGCCUGUCCUCACAGGAGAAUGAGGGAGGAGAGGAGAGAAAGGGAAAGUUCCUAGGAGGUAAACAACAGGAGAAUGAUGCUGAGCAGCAGGCCUCUAUUGAGGUGACAAUAUACUCUAUGGAGCCUGAGGACUCUGAAAGCCAAACCUCUCAGAUAGACAGAGAAGGAGAGAAGAAGCAGGUGGCUGCAGAUGAGUGUGAGGGGGAGGGUGGUGAGUGUGAGAUGGAGGGUGAAGAGACAGAUGAAGAAGAGGGACAGAGAGAGAGUGACUCUGAAUUUGACCCGGAGGAGGAGGAGAAGGAAGAGGGACUGAUAGAGAGUGACUCUGACUUUGACCCAGAAGAGGAGAAACCAACGAGUAGUAGGUUGAGAGGCAGGGGGAGAGGCAGGGGGAGAGGCAGGGGGAGAGGGGGGGAGCGGAGGAGGAGGAAGGCAAUUGCAGCAGCCUACAGGAGAGAGUGGUUUGGAUGAGUCUGCUGAAGACUCUGAUGGAUCAUCUUCAUCAUCACCCCAGAGAGACCAGCAGGACCAGGAGUCAUUCAGCGGUGCCGCUGGAGAACUGGGCUCUGGAAACGUUGCCAGCAUCCGGCAGAAAUUCAAAUACUCCAAAAAACAUAAUAUGGUCCUCUGUCCUGAAUGUGGCGUCCUGUACACCACCAGGCUGAAACACCAUAAGUGUGAACACAAGUUCGUGGUCCGCUGUCCAGACUGUGGGCAGGGUUGUGCGAGUGAACUCGGCCUCAAGCAGCACCGGAGGCUACACCGUCAGGACCUUAAGUUUCCCUGUAAGUUCUGCCUCCAAUCCUUCAGGACGCGGCCGGACAAGCUGACCCACGAGAAGACCCACAGAUUCAAAAGAUUAAAAGGUCACAGAUGCUACAGCUGCUCAGAGUGCCCACUGAAGUUUGACAACAUCCUCAUACGGAAUCGCCAUCUCAGAGAGCAUGAGUCCAAGAGACACAUCUGUCACACAUGUUACAAGGAAUUCGCCAAAGGUCACCUCCUGGAGAGGCAUGAGCUGUCCCACAGUGACGACAAGCCCUUCAAGUGCCAGGUCUGGAGGGAGGGGCAGGGUUUCAAUUACAUGCAACUGAAGUGUCUGUUUCAAUUACUUAUUUUGAAGAGGGCUAUUUACUAUAAACAAGAAGCUUUCCAUUUUUAUUUAAACCGGAAUGAUUGUAUUUACAUGGUCCAUGUUGCUCUUUCCUGGGUGCCAGGUGUGCCAGCGUGCCUUUGCCCAGCUCAGCCAGCUGAAGUCCCACCUGCGUGUCCACACUGGGGAGAGGCCCUUCCAAUGCCAGCGCUGUGACAAGAGCUUCAACCACAACGUCAGCCUCAAGAACCACGUCAGACGCUACCACAGCCCAGACUCAGGGCUGGACCCUGAUGAAGGACCAGGAGUUGGGGAGAGGGGGGAGACAGAUGGCAGGACUGUGCAGGAGGGAGGGGAGGUGGGGCAGAGGAAGCCUCGGCAUCAGGUAGAGAUAACCUUCUGGACUGAGUGGGAGAUGUGGGCUGGAGGAGAGGGAGCAAAGAGAGUGGAGGAGAAACAGAGGAAGAGGAAGCGCCAGUGCAAUGAUGAUCCUGAGGAGGAGGAGAGGCAGCGAGAGAGUGACCCAGAGGAGGAGAAGAUGAUGGGGAGUAGUAAAGGAAGAGGAAGAGGGGGGGGAGAGGAAGAGGAGGUAGUCACUAGCAGAGGCCUACAGGACAGACUAGUUGAAGGCACUGCUGUUGGAGAGCUGGGUGGACAGAGAGACAAAGGUUGUAUUCAUUAG